AUGCGCUUUGCGGUGCCCUUGCUCGUGGUUGCGGCAGCCCUCGCUGGGGUCGACGCUCGCAAGUGCACAACCUGCUGGCUUACAUCGCUCAAUUGCACUGCAGUCUCAGACCCAGCAGCUGCCGAUGCAGCCAAGUAUGCUGCUACCAGCAAGUGCAACUUUGGAUACAGUGACGGUUCCUUCUCCAACGACGACGAUGACAACGGUCUGGAGCCGAUCGUUUUCAAUGUGCCGAUCAAGACUGGAUGCGGACUGACGUCGUACAAGGACACUGCAGGCGCAUUCUACUAUUGCAACAAGACGGCGACUUCCACCAAUUCCAAGAUCUUGUUUGGCCAAGUCAACGAUGUGCUUCGAGACAAGAUUAUGGGAACGUGCUCAAACAAGGACAGAACCUGCGUCGUGAAUGCCAGCGGAUCGGAUACUUACUUCAGCAACAACGUUGGCUAUACUGCGACCAUCCCCUUCAUCUCCAGCACUGGCAUGCGAGUCUUUGCUAUCGUGUAUGUCAAUGAUCCCGAAAGUGCGGGCGACAUUCAGAUGGUUGAGCUUAAGUUUCCCGCCUACGAUAGCAAGAAGAAGGCUGUUUCUGCCUGGAGUGCGAAAGUCGUCACCGACUCCAUCUACUGGAUGCAGACGAAUCCCUUCUACAACGGUGCUGGAUUGUUCCAGCCGUCCGGAGGAAGCUUGACUCCCUGGUGCACCGCCAUCGGAGGCGAGCAGGUUCCCAAGGCGCUGCAGAUGCAAACCUUCCUGGGAACCAAGGGCUUCAAUGAGUUCAGCUACGGGUGGGUGACUGAGAGCCGCGUCGAGAUCGACUUCAGCGCCUCUGUCCUCAAGCGCUACGCCCUCGGACGCAUCCAGGCUACCUCCACCUUUGCCAUGCCUGACAAGAAGACUGUCUACCUCAGCGACGGGCACGUGCUCUACAUGUUUGUGUCCAAGAUUGCCAAGGACUUGAGGAACGGCACCCUGUAUGCAGCCCAGCUGUCGAAGGAGAAGGUCACCUGGAUCAAGCUCAAUGCGAUGAACGAGAGCGAUAUGGCGAAGGAGAUCAGUUCGUCAAAGAACAUCUACUUCAAUGACUACUGGGAGGGCGCUGACUUUGUGGAUCCCACCGCCACCUCCAAGACCUGCCCCACUGGCUACUCCAAGGUCUCCUCCUUCACCGACAAGUGCUACAAGAUGAAGAGCGGGAAGGAGAAGUUCGCCUGCUUCCUCUUCCCCAGGGACUGCGCCAUGGUCAACGGAGCCACCACCACGCUGUCUGUGACUGGACUUGCCUACAACAUGGACGACAAGGGGGCGACGGGCAAGGAGCUCGGGCUGAAGAAGUUCUUCGUGUCUUUCUCAGAGGUCUCUACGGACAUGCAGAAAUCGCUUGGUGGGGCUUCGGUGGUGCGUCCGUGCGGCUCGGUGUACAUGUUCUCUGUCGGAGCGGUCGAUGCUUGCCAUAUCAAGGUGAGCAAGGCAUGCACCGACGAUGAAGCAGCGAAGGCGAAGAAGUCUCCCAUCACAUCCUACGGUCUCACCACCUACAAGGUGGACGUGGUCAAUGGACUUCCCUUGGUCUCAGACAACACACGGUGUGAGCCCAGCUUGCCUGCUCGACCCAGCUACAUUCACUUCGCCUCCUACCACAACACCCUCUUCAUCGCCGAUGGCGACGGUCAUGCGUACAACUACGUCUGGCUCAGUGACCUCAGCAGCAGCAGCAGCAAGGAUGUCAUCUCUACCUCAAUCUUCCGCGCGCCCAAGGGCCAGAUGAUCGAGGGCGUCAGCUGGCUCAACAACCUCGUCGGUGACGGUCGCUCCUACCUCUCCAUCAGCGUUGGUGGAGGCUCCCUGCCAGGAUUCAUCGGCUACCUCGGCCCCUUCACGCUCAAGGGCUACAACGCCGGUUCGUACGACAUGCUGACCAACAUCGGCUGCCCGAUCCGCGGCGAGCAGGACUAUCUCUACGAAGCGACCAAGUACGUGGAUCCGCGUGUAGACGUUUGA